AGCGACGGCACAGUAGCUCCCCUUCUUCGCCCCCCUUCUUGUUGUUACUCUGUUCCAAAUGCCGGGAAUUCAUGGAUUGGUGAUUCGACGCUUUUGAGAAGGAUUCCGCUCAUUCCACACCCUCUCUGGCCCUUUUGUGCAAACGUUGGAUAUAAGACCCCCCGCCGACUCCCGAACCGUCAACAUGGGGUUUUUGAAUGCGAUUGUGACGACCAUUGCGCCUAUUUUUAUUGUUACCUCACCUAUAACCUCCUAUGCCGACCAGAUAUGGGCCAUCCACAAGAGCCGCUCGUCAGCCGGCUUCUCCCUCGAUAUCCCCCUUAUAAUGCUCGUUGCCUCAAUACUCAAAGUCUACUACUGGUUCGGCGCGCACUUCUCCACCGCCCUCCUCCUGCAAGCCCUCCUCAUGAUCUCCAUCCACCUCCUCCUACUCCACGUAGCCCUCACCAACAGGCCCCAGACCACCCACCACACGCCCUUCUCGCCCGCGCCGGCCGGCCGCCCCUACGACUUCUGGCAGUGGCGCAUGGCGCGCCCCUACUGGUCCUUCCUCACAUACUUCGCCGGCACGCUCCUCGUCGUCCAGGUGCUUCUCGGCACGACGCCGCUCUUCAUGUCCUACACUGCGCUGCUCGGCUUCGUCGCGCUGGCGAUCGAGGCCACGCUCCCCUUGCCGCAACUCUACGCGAACCAGAAGCGGCGGGGGUGCAAAGGCUUCAGGGUGUCGGUGAUUGGGAACUGGCUGGUCGGCGAUGUGUUUAAGAUGUGGUUUUUUUUUGCGAGCGGGAGCGGGGAGGGGGGCGUGCCGGUGGCGUUUAAGCUGUGUGGGGUUUUCCAGAUGCUGUGUGAUAUCGGGUUGGGGGUGCAGUGGUGGGUGUUUGGGGAUGGGGAGGAGGAGGGCCCGCGCAUGCCGAGUGGGGCGGGGUUUGGGGAGAAGGUGGUGGAGGAAAUUAGGGGCCCGGGGGAUAUACCGUUGGAUUGGGAGAAGGCGAGGUUGGGGUGA